GCAUCUUUCAUUGUCAGUCUUUGACGGAUCUCACUUUGGACUUGAGUGGGGGUGGUAUUCAAACACCCUCCUUGUCUUUUUCAAGUAAUCUCCAGCACUUGAAGUUGAAGGAUGCUACAGUUAAAGAUGACCAGUUUUUCAAAUGGAUCUCAUCGUCCUGCAAACGCAUCAAGGACUUAUUUCUUGAAAACGUUAGUGGAAUAAAAAAUAUCACAAUUGAGAGCUCUUCUUUGGAGAGAUUUAUUUAUAUGUUUUCUUUGGACAAUUAUGAGCUCUUGAACAUUGACAUCUUGGGGGAGAAACUUGAAGAGAUACAUAUACUCUGGCAAUUUGAUGCAAGUAAUGAUUCAAGACCUUGCAUCAGAUCACUAAAUAUUUUUGCCCCUAAGCUUAAAAAGAUCAAGUGGUGUGGAACCUUUCUGGAUCAUCAGCAUCUUGGGAACUCAAUGUGCUUAGAAGAAGCUAGAAUAUAUCUGUUUCCCGACUUUAAUGAACUCAUUGAGAACCCAUUAGAGGUUCUAUGCAGUAUUCAGAUGGUUAAAGCUCUUGAGCUAAACGAAGAGACUACAAAGGCUUUAUUUUUGGAAGGUGCAACACCAUUACCGUUCGAUAAUGUUCAUGAUUUGACUUUGCAUGUUAGAAGUGUAACUGAUGACUUCAUCCCAGCAAUGGUCAAUCUUUUGAGAGGAAUCACUACUUUGAAUACUUUACGUAUAACAUCUGUCGUAUAUAAUGAAGCAAUUGAGGAAGCAUAUGAUGGAUUUGAGGAAGAGGACAAUGAAACAGAGCAGGAAAAUAGUGAGACUACAGAAGAGGAUUGUACAAAUGAGGAAGGGGAUAAUGCUCCCAUAUUUGAUGUGGAAUACUGGAAGUCCCAAAACCUUAAUUUUACUUGUGAGCUUAAGGAGGUGAAACUGGACAUCAUGGAGAGUAAUAGUAAUGAACUGGAUUUGGCAAAAUACAUUCUGGAGCGCGCUCAAAAGUUGGGGAAAAUGGUGAUUCUUCAUUCACCUCAACAUCCGGACUUUCUUGAACUGGUAAGAACAAGCAAGAUGAUUUCCGGUGCAACAGUGGUUCUAGAAGAAGUUAUAUUGUAAUAUUGAAAUACUGUAACAUUUGAUGUCAUGUGUGACACUUUAUUUGGAUGAAGAAAUUCUAUAUUUACCGUCUAAUGUAAGUACUUCCUAAUGUUCCUAUGCUGAAUCGAGCAAUAUGCUUUUGAACCUUCAGCCUUCAGUUUAUACCCAAGUACAUCAAA